AUGGGCUCAUCUGCGAUGUCGGCAUCGCCCUUCUCUGCCGUUAACGGCUUCCGCGGCAGUGAUGAUGAUGAUGAUGACGAUGGCCGCACGGCACUUAGCCAAGUGCGCCAGGCGCUCGCGGAUCGGCGACGAAUGCGCUCUGGCGUUAUUGCUGGCGUUGUCGACCCUGUGGCAGCAGCGUCGGCGUCGCCACCCUUGCUGGCCAAGCCGCGCAAGGGCACCAGUCAUGAACCCUCCCUCUGUGUGGACCGCAGCGACAACGAGAACAGCGCUGACUGUCAACGCAGGCAAGCGCCCGGCUCUCACAAGCAGCACCGCGAGCGACGGUCGCCAUCUGCCCCAGACGCCUUCCUCUCGUGCGUGGAGGAUGGAAAACUGCUGUCGGUGAGUCCAUUGCCAUCCCCGCUGGCGCGGGCGAUGUCGGCAUCGCCGCUGAUAUCGAAAUCAUCAGCGCCGGUGUUGGGGGCGUUGCCCCCGUCGCCUUCGCCGCGCCGCAUCUCCUACUACGGGGGCUUCCUGGCCCACACGCUGGACGCGCACGACCUUGCGGGGGCUGUGUUCCCAAAGUCGAGCUACACGGACGCCCUGCCGCUGCCGAUGUCGGCGCCGCAGACGGAUAACGAGUCUUCAGUGGUAGCAACGGAUCAGAGCAGCGCGCGCAGCCGCCGAGAGCGGCCCGCCGCCAGCGGGCGGUCCAACGCAGUCUUCGACAAGACGCUCGCGGAGGCGAUGGUGUCGACGGUGGUGCGCAUGCGCGAGAAUGAGAAACGACGUGGCAGCGCCGCGCAGCCGCAGCAGCCGUUGCGGCGCGACUCGCUCUCGACAAACACCACGAUCGGCAGCACCGUUUUUGCCAGCAGCCACAGGCCGGGACUUCCAACGACGCCCAUUACGAGCCGCGCCAUGGCGGCCUUCGGUCACACCACCGCCGACGUCCUCAAUGUCGCGGAUUACAACGACAGCGUUGGCUUUCACCGCGCGACGGCGAGAGGGUCGCCGCAGCACCACAACCCCAACGCCGGCGACACAGACGUGUACGCAGGCGAUUUCCGCAGCGCACCGAUGGCAGCCCUCACGCACCCGGCGUCUUCGUCCGCGACGGCCUCGCAGCACUGUCUGUGCACCUCAGGCACGCCAGAGUCGUCGUCAGCGCCGCUGCGGAUAACGGCGUCCCGCGACAAGGAGCGCGCUUCGGCUGCGCGCAGCCCGGACGCGCGAUCACGGCAGUCGUCCACAUUGCCCGCAGCGCCGUCUGUUUUGUGGGACAUAACCGGGCAGCCCGUGCACCGCGACGGGGUCCGAGGCCUUUCCACCACAGCGAGCGGCCGCAGCGGAAGCACGAUGAUGACGGUCAGCAGCGGCACGGCGGACGUGGCAGUGCCGGAGGUCGCUGCGAAGGCCGCCGCCCCACAGCUGUCGUAUCACCAGCUCACUGAGGCCUUCUACGGUAGCUACAAGGGUGGCGAGAUGGCGCAGGACGCGUACCUGUACUUCGUUGCUCAGCAGCAGCAGCAGCAGCAGCAGCUGCUGCUGCUGCAACAGCCCGAAGGAAGCAGUGGCGGCACGACAUCACGCCAUGGCAACAAGCACCAGCGAUCAAGGCCCUCGGCCGCGAUGACGACGACGCCGACACGCACCGCUGCAAGAGCUCGGGGCGGGUGCACGGUGCAGCGGGUUUUCGUAUCAGGACGGUCGGAAAUUCAACCAACAAUGACCUCGCAAGCCUCAACGACCUCCCUCACGGCCGCCGCUGCAACCCGCGCCGCUCCAGCGCAGCUGGAACCGCGCUCCAUUUCCACCGAUACCCCGCUUUCGGCGUUGCGGAGGAGCUCCAAUGCCGCAGCAGCAGCAGCAGCAGCAGAGUGGCAGCACCCACAUUCACAGCCCGAGGCACGGCCGAGCAGCACCAGCCUUGUCAGCGUCCACAGCAGCAACGACGGCAGCUGUCACAGUAGUGCCAGUCGUGGUAAUGGCCACGGUGCCUCCUCGCCGUCGUCUCCGCUGAGGCUGUCGGUUACCGUGAGGGCGGUAACCGCAGGGACAACAGCGGCAAGGGGCGCUGUGAGGGAGGCUGUCGACGACGUGGAAGUUCAGCAGCAGCAGCCACGGAAGACCUCGACAAGCAAGAAGAGGUCCACUGCUGUAGCGGUGGCGCAUGCUGCACCUAGCCAGCGUCGCAGCUCUGGAAGGUCGUCCUUCUCGAUGGAUGCGGAGCCGAGGGAUACCGAGGUGGACCAGAUGAGUGAACCACCAUCGGCUGUAGCGUCGUCAUCUGCCACAGCGGCGACAGACACCGCAACAACGACUGACCGCAUCCGGAACCUGCUGCACAAGUCGGUGUCCAUCUACCAAGAGGCGCAGCAACAGCAGUCGGAGCCGCACGAGGGCCCUCCAGACGCGUGA